AAAAAAAUACAAGAAAUGCAGAGGUUCCUGGGGUUGGAGGUGACGGGGGAGCUGGACUCCAACACUCUGGAGGUGAUGCUCAAACCCAGAUGUGGGGUUCCUGACGCUGGUCACUUCAGCACCUUUCCUCACACGCCCAAGUGGGGGAAAACUCACCUCGCUUACAGGAUUAUUAGCCAAACAACAAACUUGACAAACGAUGUUGUGGAAAGAUAUAUAGAGAAAGCCUUUCAGCUCUGGAAGAACGCAUCAUCCCUGAACAUCACCAGGGUCUCGCGAGGAGAAGCGGACAUUAAGAUUGCUUUUUUCCAAGGAGAUCAUGGUGACAACUCUCCAUUUGACGGACCCAAUGGAAUCCUGGCGCAUGCCUUUCAGCCAGGCCCGGGUAUUGGAGGCGAUGUUCAUUUUGAUGCAGAAGAAACAUGGACCAACACCUCUAAAGAUUACAACUUGUAUUCUGUUGCGGCCCAUGAGUUUGGCCAUUCCCUGGGGCUCUCUCACUCCACCGACCCUGGUGCCUUGAUGUAUCCCAUCUACUCUUUCCAUGAUCCCAGCACCUACGUGCUCCCUCAAGAUGACAUCAACGGCAUUCAGGCCAUCUAUGGACCUGCAGACAGCCCCGUCCAACCCACUGGGCCAACCACACCCACAGCCUGUGACCCCAGACUGACGUUCGAUGCUGUCACCACCCUCCGAGGGGAAAUACUGUUCUUUAAAGACAAGUACUUCUGGAGGAAGCAUCCUCAGGUACGAAGAGUUGAACUCAAUUUCAUUUCCCUCUUCUGGCCGACCCUGCCAGAUGGCAUCCAGGCUGCUUAUGAGGAUUUUUACAGGGACGUAGUUAUCGUAUUUAAAGGCAAGCAGUACUGGGCUCUGAGUGGGUAUGACAUCCAGCAAGGUUAUCCCAAGGACAUACUAAACUAUGGCUUCCCGAGCAGCGUCCACGCAAUUGACGCAGCUGCUUCCUACAGGAGGAAAACAUAUUUCUUUGUAAACAACCAAUUCUGGAGAUAUGAUGACCAAAGACAAUCCAUGGAUCCAGGUUAUCCCAAAAGCAUAGCAAGUACCUUUCAAGGAAUAGGAAGUCGAGUUGAUGCAGUUUUCCAGCGGGAUGAUGUCUUCUUUUUCUUCAGUGGACCAAUAUAUUAUGCAUUUGAUCUUAGAUAUCAGAGGAUUACUAAAGUUGAAAGAAACAGUCGAUGGCUUAACUGUAGAUACGGUUGAAGGAAGAACAAAUGUGUUCGUAACCACUUUCUGAAUGUGGGAGAGAAGUCUAAUUUGCCUGUCCAUUGUGUUGUGUCCUGUUUAUGUCUUUCUCGACAAUAAAUAAUGUCGUUUGCUGUCACUGUAUUCGCUGGACCUGUCCUCAGUGAAAAUACGCUUGGAGGAUUCCACUGACUGCUGAGGCUGCCUUUGUUCUCACAUAGUCCGUCUCAGGUUAGUGAAUCCAUCGCAAGGAGGAGAUUAAGCCUUCUUUGUCCUCCUAAUAUUCACCACUUCACUACUCACUUACCUGACUUCUAAAAUGCUCAUUUAUUCUCCGGUCUUUUAAAUGUAUCUCAAGUAUACCUGCUGCAUGUAAUUUAGCACUGGAUUUUGUCGAGAAGGAUUAU